AUGGUCGAGGCCACGAAGCUCGGCCGCGCACGCAGCCCAAGUUCCCCUCGCAUGCUGGGACCCCCUCCCUUCCAGCACUGGAACAAGCUGGUGUGUGCUGGAGCUUUGACGCUGGUCUUCCUGGCAACUGUCGCGCUGUCCAAGCCGAAGCCCUUGUUGGUGGCUGCCGCCGUGGCCCCGGCAUUCACAGAAGAGCUUGCCUGCCAGCAGCCUCUUCCAGAAUCCGACUGUACCUCCGAGACCCAGCCAGACCCUCCCAUCGAAGAACCCGCGCCGGGACGACGCGCUCGGCUGGCGCCCUUCCAGGGGAUGGAGUACCAGCUGUACUUGCCCUCCACUUGGCGAGAGACGGGCAGCCAGACCUACCCUGUCGUGGUGUUCCUCCACGGGGCGGGGGAUGGCAAGUUCAGCGUGAUGAACUCGCAGAGCCUACCUCGGCUGCUGGCCAGGAACCAGUCCACGUGCUUCGACAGCCGCAGCUGCUGGUGCUUGAGUUCGGAGUACCGCAGGGCCCGGGCGAAGAUGGAGGCGCCUCCGGAUUCACCUGAGCCCUUUCUGGAAGACGAGGAAGACCUCGCGAGCCCGAUGGCUGUUUGCGACUUCGCGGACACCUUCGAGUUCAUAGCUGUCAUGCCACAAGGAUGGCUGCCACAGAACCGUGUGGGCUGGACACAAGUGCGGCUGAGCCAGGUAGAGAUGCUGACGAAGCACGUCUUGGAGCGGUACCGUGGCGACCCAGCGCGCGUGUCUCUCACUGGCCAGUCGGCGGGUGGCUCUGGCGCUUGGCACUUUGCAUCGCUGCGACCCUCGCUGUGGGCCUCCGUGAGCGUCGUUUGUGCCCCGGCCCCGCCGGAACUGGCCAUGAGCCUGGAUGGCUUGCCAAUUUGGGUGGUUGGCUGGACAGGCGACGGCGAGAUGGGAAAUGACGACAUCGUCGCCGCGCUGAAGCAACGCCAGUCUGGCUCAGUCAGGUACACAAGAUACACUUUGGCGCCGCCACCGCCGGACCCUCUCUACAACUACAUGGUUGGCCACGCGAGCUACGACUUGAUCUACCGUGACCCACGACUGUGGCAAUGGGCGCUCUCACAUCGGAAGCCCGCCGCCAAAGACGCGUGGGGCUUGCCUGACUAG